GAGUCUCCUUUAUCUAUAUCUAAUGAAGUUCUUAUGUGAAAAAGUUAUCAAACUAUCAAGAAAUAAUCGCCCUUAUUCAGUGAAAAGUCCCAACGUUCCUUGGAAUGUAUUAUUUUUUGGAACAGAUAAAUUUUCCCUAUACAGCCUGGAAUCACUCAAUAGGGAGAGAAUGAAUGGAAGCAUAUUGAAUGGAAUAGAAAUAGUUACUACAUGCAAAGGAAAAUCCAACCCAGUCAAGAAAUAUGCUGUACAAAAUGAACUUGUCAUUCAUUCUUGGCCAUUUACUGUACCAAAAAAUGUUUAUGAUGUUGGAUUAGUUGUUUCAUUUGGUCACUUGAUCCCAGAAUCUGUUAUAGCAAGAUUUCCACUUGGAAUGCUGAAUGUUCAUGCCAGUUUGCUUCCAAGAUGGAGGGGUGCAGCACCUAUCAUCUAUGCUUUAGCUAAUGGUGAUUCAGAGACUGGUGUCACAGUAAUGAGGAUAAAACCAGAUCACUUCGAUAUAGGAGAUAUAGUCAUGCAGAAAAAAAUUUCUAUUUCACAGGAUACUCAAAUGCCUCAGUUACACAAGGAAUUGGGUCAUUUAGGAGCUGACUGUUUGAUCAGCACCCUUAGAAAUUUACCAAAUCUAUUAGAGAAUGCUGUACCCCAACCAAAUACUGGUGUAACAUUUGCACCGAAAAUAAUGCCAGAGUUUGCGGUAGUUGAUUGGAACAGCAUGACAUCCAACCAGGUGUACAAUUUGUAUAGAUCAUUGAAAGGGUUACAGUCACCAACAACUUCCUGGAGUGGUCUACAGAUGAAACUGACAGAUCUUGAAGACUGUGGUCAUUGUGGUGUACUCGAAGAUUGUGAGAUGAGUCCAGGUUAUGUGAAAUAUGAUAAAACAAACAGAACUUUGAUAGUAACAUGUGCAAGUCAUAGUCAUAUUAGAGUGAGACAGGUUCAAGUACAUGGUCGAAAAGUGAUGAGUGCUACUGAUUUCAAUAAUGGGUUUGUAAUGAAAGAGUUAGCAAGUAAAAGGUAUUUUAAGUACAUUGAUUGUAUUAGUUACCUACGUACAUGUUUUUCUACAACCCUCUAAGAAGGUGCACAUGAAAAUUGAAGAAAGUAGAUGUGAAAACAUAUUCUAAACACAUGUUAAAACUGAUCAAAAAUCUAAGGAUAUUUUUGAACGCAAUGGACAAACAUUUCUUAUUUGGAAAAUUUUUGAAACUUGUAUUUUGCUGCUUUCAAGUUGGGAACCAACUCCCUAGAAGUCGAAACUUGUGCGGGGUUAGGAAGAGCGCGACCUUAUAUGAAUGAAUUCGAGCGUAGGGGAGCAAUUAUUAUUCAAAAUACGAAUGUUUUGAAAGUUUUCACGAUUAGCGUGCAAUAACUGUA